UGUGAGGCGGCCCCGGCCCCUGUGACCUGCUCGGCUGCACUGGCGCUGCUGAGAACCGCCCCCGCUGGCUGCAGAGCCGGGCUGGGCGGGGGAGGAGCUGCUGUCAUUGCCCCCCCCCCCCCCGGUCGACAACCAAACCCUGCAGCCUGGGCCACGAUCUCUCCCCUUGUGUGGCAGCCCCGUCCCCUGCCCGCCUGCUGCCCCCGGCCGCGCUCUGCAGGAGGGCGCGUCUCUCCCCGGUGUAGUAAAACUGCAGAAGAGAUCUGGGGUUCGGUCUUCCUGCCACUCAGAGCCAAAGAACACCUCUAUCUUCUUGCUUUAUGGUCCAUGGGACGAGGAGACAGAGUCACAAGAGGCCGUGGAGCCUCACAAAUUGAUGAGGGAGGUAAUUACCUAAAGGUAAUGAGCAGACCCAAAUCUACAAACUGGCUGGCUACCAGAAGGACUGAUUUCUGAACUUUUUCUAAGUAUGGCUUGCAGAAGAAUAGGAGGCCAUGGACACACUCUUUCUCCAGCUUCCUCCAUUAACUGUGUAAAAGCCUUAGCAACUGGAAUUCGAACACAUAGUAUAUGCAUGGUAUCUGAUUUUUUUUAUCCAAAUAUGGGAGGAGUGGAAAGUCACAUCUACCAGCUGUCACAGUGCCUGAUUGAAAGAGGGCACAAAGUUAUAAUUGUCACCCAUGCUUAUGGAAACCGAAAAGGCAUUCGUUACCUCGCCAAUGGUCUGAAAGUUUAUUAUUUACCUUUGAAGGUAAUGUACAAUCAGUCUACAGCAACAACGCUCUUCCACAGUCUGCCUCUGCUCAGGUACAUAUUUGUGCGGGAGAGAGUCACCAUAGUCCAUUCCCAUAGUUCCUUUUCUUCCAUGGCUCAUGAUGCACUCUUCCAUGCCAAGACAAUGGGACUACAGACAGUUUUUACAGACCAUUCUCUCUUUGGAUUUGCUGAUGUCAGUUCGGUGCUUACAAACAAACUUCUUACUGUGUCACUGUGUGAUACAAACCACAUCAUUUGUGUCUCUUACACUAGCAAGGAAAACACUGUACUAAGAGCAGCACUGAAUCCUGAGAUCGUAUCUGUCAUCCCUAAUGCUGUUGAUCCCACCGACUUCACUCCAGACUCAAGUAGAAGGGAUGAUAGUACAAUAACAAUUGUUGUUGUCAGCAGGCUUGUUUACAGAAAAGGUAUAGAUUUGCUUAGUGGUAUAAUUCCUGAACUUUGUCAGAAAUAUCCAGAUUUACAUUUCUUAGUUGGAGGAGAAGGACCAAAGCGAAUAGUUUUGGAAGAGGUACGGGAAAGAUACCAACUACAUGACAGAGUGCGUCUUUUAGGGGCUUUGGAACACCAGGAUGUUAGAAACGUCUUGGUCCAGGGACACAUUUUUCUCAAUACUUCUCUCACUGAAGCCUUCUGUAUGGCAAUUGUGGAAGCAGCCAGUUGUGGUUUACAGGUUGUGAGUACAAGAGUUGGUGGAAUCCCUGAGGUGCUACCAGAAAAUCUUAUCAUCUUAUGUGAGCCCUCAGUGAAAUCUUUGUGUGAUGGUCUGGAAAAAGCUGUUGCCCAGAUCAGGUCAGGAACACUACCAACCCCAGAAGCUAUCCAUAACAAAGUAAAGACAUUCUAUACAUGGAGGAAUGUCGCAGAGAGAACUGAAAAAGUGUAUGACAGAGUUGCAGAUGAAGUGGUAUUAUCAAUGGACAAGCGGCUUGACAGACUAAUAUCUCACUGUGGCUCAGUGACUGGAUGUAUUUUUGCUCUUUUUGCUGUAUUAAGCUUCCUUUUCCUGGUAUUUCUGAGAUGGAUGACUCCAGAUUCCAUUAUUGAUGUUGCAGUAGAUGCCACGGGUCCUAGUGGAGCAUGGACUCAACAGUAUUUUCCUAGUAAAAAAGGAAGUGAGAAAGAAGAGAUUUUAAACUGUUAAAAAUGUUUUAAGUGGGGAGACCUUUGCUGUCUAAAAGGUUUUAGUAUUUGCUGAUAGAAUUAAUUCCACAAAGAGACAUUGUAUUUAAACUCUUAAAAGCUUUCCUAAAUUGUUGGAAAGAAACUUGGUAAAAUGUGCUACCUCAAGUUAGGAUUGUGCCAAUUAGUUUUGGGGAAAGACUUAAACAUAUGCAGUUUAUGGGCACAAUCCUUUUGCACUUAUGCUUAAAGUAGCGAGGAAAAUGGUAAUAUGCACAGCUCAGGUGUAAAACUACCUUCAGAGAGACAAGAAUACCAGAUUUCAUCUGCUACUAGUGUAUUAUACAGAGAAUAAGCAUGGAUUUUUCAUGGCACCUACGGUGCCAAAACACAAAAUUAACUAGCUUUAGGGGUUUUUUGCCAACUCCUAAUAUUUGUAUUGAUGUACUGGAGACCUGUGAAGAAUUGGCAAAAUAAAAAUACCUACCCAAAUCAAUCAAAAAAUAUGUGAAAUCACUUCUAUAAAAACAAGCACAUUACCAUAUAGACUUUCAGCACCUGAUGUACUGCUAGCCAGCUCUUGUCCUACCCAACUGUGUCCCCUAGACAGACACUUCUGGCUGCACAAAACUAGUUUUGAAAGGGUUCUUCGAUGUUCUGCCUAAAUGUGAUCAGUAUCUCUCUGAUCUAUCAAAACUCCAUUAUAGAAUUUUUUUUGAUAUCUUAGAAAAUGCUAAAUACUGCCUAUUUCACUCUUACAUGGAAAAGUAACAUUUUAUUGUUUGUUUUAAAGUACUCAUGAAAGUGAGGGAAUUAUAUUAUUUUUAGAAACCAGCAUAAUGCAAAGGCACAAGCUUCCAAGAAUAGCUCAGGCCUGCCAACAUGGUAACUUCUGUUUGUGUGUGAGAGAUGUAGAUAAACAUCCACUAAGGGCUAGACAAAAACUACUAAUUUUUGUUAAUUUAUGACAUCAGUUGCAUUUGAAUUCAUCUUCAGAAGAGAAAAUGUUAAAUGUCAUGACACCUAGACUGCACCAAAGAUAUUCUUAAAUGAAUCCAGUAAGUUAAAUCUCUUUCUGGAAAAAGUUAGUGGAUCUGGCCAAUAGAUUUGCAUACUCCCUGUGAGGUGAGAAAUGUGGUCCCUUGCAGUCAUUGGUUCUCUAGCCCUAAUCUAAGUAGUCUACACCUAUAUCAAUCAGAAAACAACUUUGAACACAUAAGUAGUAAGAGAAGAGAUGAUAUUUCACAUUCCUGUAAAGCAACUCUCUCAGGAUGUUAUAUGUUGUAUGCACUGGAUUAAUUUCUUACUAUAGCAUUGUUUUAAACUUAAAGGGUUUAACGAAGCUGUGCAUAAUGAAACUCCCCAUGAUAUAAUUGUAUUCUGGAUGUGCAAUAUGCAAGGUUGUUUUCAGACCUUUGCAGGAUAACUUAAAACAUGCAACUAAUCAAUGUUUUGUACAAACAUCUUCUAAAAUUUAAGUUUAUUUUGCUGUGUUGGGGUGCAAAGGUGAUAACUUUUUUUAAACUAAAUCUGUUUAACAGUAUUUUAAUGAAGCACUGAUAGGAUUAUGAGAGGCACACUGUUUACAAAGUCUAAGAUUUAGUUUCUUCUGUUAGAAAAAAUGCUCAGCUCUAGAUAUUUAACAUACAGUAAACAUAUUAUACAUUUGAACAUUUUUUAAAUGUUAAGAAAAAAGUAGAGAUUAAAUAUAGUAGUACUACAGAGAUUGAUAAAGUGGGUACAGUUGUAGGUAACACUUUACUAAGGAGAAUUUCGUAAUUUUUAAAAUCUGGUGCACUAUUUAUGUUUUGUAAAAAUCACUGAUACCAUUUCAACUUAGUUUUGCAAUAAGUAUUUUUGAAAUGUUAUGUUGAUUUCAGUUUUCUUUUGGAACUUUUCUGUUUUGAUUGCCAAAAGCAUAGAGGAACUCAUGUAAAGCAUACAGAACUCAUAAAUUAUACAAAACUCAAAUGUAGAGGAGGAGGAGGAUUAUAUAUAAUAAUCUUUCUUGUGGCAGAAUAUUACAUGCUUCUGACUAAUACAAUAAGGCCUUCUUAUAGCCUUGUAUAAUUUACAGGUUACCUAAGUCUUCUGUACCUUGCAAUAAAGCACUGAUAUUUUUAGUUAUAACGUGCAUACCCAGACACUAGCAAUGUAUAUGGAAACUUACUGCACUGAUGCUGCUGCUCACUAUUCUAGCCUUGUAACUAGAACAUUCUAUGGUAAAUGACAUAUAAAAGAAAAGGGGUUUGGCUUGUUGCAAAUGAAGUUUAAUCUGACUGGCUUAACUACAAAUGUACUGUAUCUCAAACAGUGUAGUUUAUAAUAUCUGUAGUUCGCUCCCCAUUUCCUCUUUUCAAACACCAGGUCUUUGACCCCGUCAAUGUAUCCAUGAAUAGUUCCA